GUCAACUUCACCAUCACGAUAGUCACCAGAAUACUAGUAAUACUCUUUCUUGCGUCGAACCAUGGCAACCUCAAUCCCGCCUGCAUCAUUCUCGACCAGCACAUCUUCAUUCCACCCGUCACAGUCACAAAAUGGAACAAUGUCAUACUCGGAUAACCCGCUCACGCAACUGCCGACGGUCGACUUCAAUUUUGAAGACCUCCGCAAGCGCAUGACAGACUUCACCCUCAAAUUUGACGCAUUCAUUGAGCAGGGCAGGAAGCGUGUGCUGCAAGAGCGAAAUGAGUUUCGCGCGCGGCUUGGAGAGUUGAAUGAGGAGCAAAGAUCCAAAAGCACCCAGAUCACCACUCUGCAAUCCUCAUUAUCGAACCACAGCAACGUACUCGCUAGAGAACAAGCCGAGAAAAAUGAAAUGCACGCGCAGAUAUCCAAGUUGGAAUCUCACCAGGCGAAUCAAUCCGCCUCAUGCGACAGGCUAAGAAAUGCCAUCGCCCAAACACAACGGCAGAUUGAUGUCAAACUACAAGCGCAACGGGAAUACGCGGAGAAGAUGGAUGGCCAAAGUCGACUAAAUGGCCCUGAAUUGGGUUUUUGGGAGACAUAUUUAGGCUGUCGGAUUGAAGGCAGCGGUGACGAGAACAAAGUCAGAAUACUCUUCAUGUUUCCUCCUGUCAAAGGUGGGAAGAGCGACGAAGAAAGAGAAGCAAUAUUUGAAUUGGAGGUCCCGCCAACUGGCAGUGGCAAGUAUAAUGUGGUCCAUGUGAAGCCGAAGCUUGAUGUUAGCAAGGUUGAAAAGGUCGUGGAUCGAUUGAAUUCAACAAGAGAGAUCGGGACUCUGUUAAAGGGUAUGAGAGCGUUGUUUGUAGAAGCGAUGAAAUGAUGGGACACUUGAUGAUACCCCCAUAUACCCCCAGCUAUAUGAUGAUGAAGUUUGGACCAGCCUUGAACAGCAGAGUAGCUUCCUGUCCAUUUG